AUGGAUCCUCAAUCACCCUUUUCAUCCGAUGAUUCAAUCGAUCUCGACGACGCUAUUCUUAGUACCGUUGCUUUGACGGUUACUACUAUGAUUCAAGCCGCGGAAGACGAGGAGGACGAGGAAGACCAACUUUCGCCUAGAAGAAGAACGGUCCUGGAACGUCGACGUGAGGAGGCAUACGCGCGAUUGGUCCGCCUUUACUUUGCUGAGCGACCCGUAUUUGGCGUGAGGGAUUUUAGACGACGCUAUCGUAUGAGCAAGCGGCUAUUUUUGAGAAUUACAAAUGACUUGGAAGAAAGUUAUCCAUAUUUUCAACAAAGAAUGGAUGUUCGUGAGAAGCUGGGUUUCAUGCCGAUACACAAGACUAUCUCCGCACUUCGUCAAUUAGCAUAUGGGUGUAGCGUCGACUUGUUUGACGAGCAUUUGGAGAUGUCGGCUAGGACUUCCCGGGAGUCGCUGAUAUAUUUUUGUAAAUGUAUAAAUGAAAUGUAUGGACCGACAUACCUACGGAGACCUACAUCUAUGGAUCUUGAACGAAUAUACGAUGUGCAUGAACAGCUUCAUGGUUUCCUUGGUAUGAUCGGUAGUAUUGAUUGCAUGCACUGGCCAUGGGAGAUGUGUCCAACCGCAUGGCGCGGUUCGCACACCAGAGGGGAUGUUGGUAGACCAUCAUUGAUGCUUCAGGCGGUUGCGUCUACUGACUUGUGGAUUUGGAAAACAAGAGGGGAAAUCAUCCACCAUACGUGCCACUGGAAGUCGAUGACUACUUUAGCGAUGAUGAUUAGUUAUUAG